GGGAGGCGGGUCCGAGCCCGCACCCCGGCCCGCGGGGGAGUUCCCACAGUUGGCCGCUCCGGCCUGUGGGGCUACAUCCCUGCUGCCGGCCAGGCGCGGCCCGCGGGACCCCGAGUGUAGCGCCAUGGCCCGGGAGAGGCCGCCCGGGAGGGGCUGCGGCGUCCUGCGCCGGUGUCUACUCGGGGCCGCGCUGUUGCUCGGCCUGCGGCUCUGCGCAGAGCUGCGGCGCGCCGGGCCCGGGUCCCCCACCCGCAGCGCCCCGCCGGGCCCGGCCUGGCGGCCACCUGGGCCGCACCUGCCGCCCGCGCCGGGCCAGCCGCGCGGCGCCAGCAGGAGGCAGGUGACCUACGUGCGCAGCGGUCGCCGGGCGCCGCCGGGGGGCGGCGGGAGCGGGACGCCGGAGCCUGGCUGCUGUGCCCCGCGCGGGCGCCCCCGCCGGAAGGGUCCCCGGUGGCAUAUAGAUCUCCAGCCUUGGGCAGGCUCUGCUCAGUCCCUGGAUGAAGAAGCCUGGAGGUUCCUGAGAUAUAUCAGCACCACCCAGAUUGCAUGCAAUCACAUGAAUACAGACAGCCUGGCUACUGACUCUAGUCCUACACGCAAGCCCUGGUCAGUGUGUCUUGAUGACAGGUUCAAUUUAGCUCAUCAAAUCCGCAACAAGCAGUGCCGCCUCUACUCCUUAGGGCUAGGAAGUGAUGAUACCCAUUUUGAGGUUAGCAUGGCCAACAAUGGAUGUGAAGUGCAUCGUUUUGAUCCUAGUGUCAAGUCAGCUCACAUUCUGGAGAGUCAGCACCUUUGGUAUCACCGCUUGUCCAUUGACUGGCGGGAUCCCCAUCCAGCUGUUGCUGCCCAAAAACCACGUAGCAACACCAGAAAACUGGGAAGCAUUUUGAAUGAAUUUGGACAUCACAAGAUUGACGUUCUCAAGGCAGAUCUGGAAAGUGCAGAAUGGAAAGUUUUGGAAAAUCUUAUUCUGGAAGAUGUUCUUGAGCAGAUUGGACAGCUCAUCUUUGAGAUCCAUCUCCACUGGCCUGGGUUUGAGGUCAGUGGCAGUGACAGCAGCGUUGUGCGGUUCUGGUACAGCCUUCUCAAAGAGUUAGAACAAAAGGAUUUCAGGCUUUUUCACAGUUACAAAGACUUAUCUAAACCUCAGCUAUUCUUGAAGAAAGACAUUUUCAAUGCAAGUAGCUGUUAUACUCUGAGUUGGGUGAAUACAAGAUGGAAAUAGGAUGCAGGAUGUCAUCAAGAGCACAAGAAAAUAUUUGCAGAAUGGAGCAUGUCCAUAAUUCUAAUCAUGAGUUUACUCAUCCAGUCUCCUGCUAGCCUGUGCCCUGCUUGAGGCAGGGAGUGUGUUAUUGCAGGGCAUGCAGCCUAGUGCUUGGCAUGUGAUGGGGCACAGUCAAUACUUGUUAAAGGGAUAAACACAGUCACCCCU